AUGAACAUGCAAUACAACAAUAUUGGUCCAGGGUGCGAAAUUUCGAGUGUAAAGGAAUUUUUACGAAACAUAUGCCUAGACAGAGAGGAUAAAAUUAUACAAAACCUGGAACUGAGAAAUGUAAGAACCGUGUACGAUUUUUUACGCUAUGUUUCGUACCUUACGGUGACAAGUUGCACUGGUAUGAGCAAUGAUGAAAAUGUGGAUAUAAGUAGCCAAUCGAAUGUGCAAUUUGUAAACUCCCAUGAAAAUAAUUUACAGAAUGACGUCAACGUAAAUGGGAAAUUGACUCAGCGUAAUGGGGAUUUGGGCAACCUGGGAGAUCCCGAGCUGUGUAAUGGUCACUCCCCUGCGAAUGGGGUAAAAGGCGACCGAUGUAAUGGGGUGCAGAAGAAUGGACAGCAGGCGGAAGUCACACCAAAUGGGGGGGUCGUGCCAAAUGGGGGGAUCGUGCCAAAUGGGGGGAUCGUGCCAAAUGGGGGGAUCGUGCCAAAUGGGGGAAUCGUGCCAAAUGGGGGAGAAGUGCUGAAUGGAAGGGACAACGCCGCUACGAAGAACGAAGUGACCUAUGCCUGCAAAGAAAUCGCAGCCAUGCAGGACUACUAUGAGCGAGCGAAGGAAAAGCGAAACCACGCAGAAAAAAAAGGCGAGUACAUGUACUUUGACAUGUACAUAAAGUCAGAAGUUAUUAAAACCUUCCCCACGACGGACAGAGAUAAGGAAAGGUUGAUAAAUUAUAUCUACAAAGUGAUGGACGUAAAUGACCUGCUGAUGAUGUGCAUUCAUUUCGGUCUACCGCAUUUGUGGCCCAAAUUUGAACAGAGCAAAAUUCGAAAUGUAGAUUUGUUCAAGCGCAUAAUCAUAGAGGGAAGGAAGUUCGAAAGGGUAAAGAACGAAAUGGGAAUCUCCUUCUCCGAAUUUGUACAAAUCCUCAACUUUGCCUUAAGUGUAAAAAAGAAAAGAAUUUUCUGCAACAAUAUUUUUAGCCAAUUCGAUCCUUGUGAUUGUAAAAAUAAAAAAAAACACACCAAAACCAUAUGCGACAAAAUACACCAAUUUAUCGAGUUUGAUAAUUGGACGUUUAAAAAUAUUAUUGACAAUCCUUUUUUCCAAAGAUUACGAAAUUUAUCUCAGUUAGGUGUUUGCCAAUUUGUGUACCCCGGAGCUACCCACACCAGAUUUGAGCACAGCUUAGGAGUUGGCUAUUUGUCUGCAAAAUAUUUCGUUCAUUUGUGUAAUCGCUAUAAUUUAUCUCCAUACUGUGGAGAAUUAAAUAAAAUGCUUCGGUGUGUACAAAUAGCUGGGCUCUGUCAUGACUUGGGACAUGGCCCAUUCAGUCAUACCUUUGAAAGCUUCUUUAUGAAUUAUAAAAAAGAAGACACAGAUAUUAAAUGGAACCAUGCAUCUACGUCUCUCAAAAUUGUUGAACACAUUAUAGAAAAUUUGAUUGAUCAGGAUGAUGUACUAGACUCCACGGAUAUCGAAAUUAUAAAAAAGUUAAUAAGGGGUAGAGAACACCACAAAUCGCUCUGCGGGGUAGAUCCUGUAGAUUCUUUGAUAGAAGCUUCGUACGACAUUAUAUGUAAUAAUAUGAAUGGAUUGGAUGCGGACAAAUUUGAUUAUCUGCAGAGAGAUGCAACUAUUGCCCCGCCAAAUGGAACACUUCCAUCUCUGAAUUGUAAUCGAAUUAUUAGCCAAAGUUCCGUUAUUAAUGGCCAUAUAGCGUACAACGUUAAGGAGAUCCAUCCUGUUUGGACUGUUUAUAUGAACAGAUUUUCUCUAUUCAAACAAGUGUAUACUCAUAGGAAGGUCCGAGUUAUGGAGCUGAUGCUGUGUGAUGGAUUUCGACUCGCAGAUGAUAUUUUCAAGUGGUCAGAAUCCUUACAGGAUUUGGAUACUUUUCUUGACCUAACUGAUUCAUCCAUAAUUUACGAUAUCAAGAACAGAGCUAAAAAACACAAGUACGAUGAGAAAGUGCAGAAAUCGCUAAACCUAAUUAACUCCGUUAUACAUGAUAGGAACUCCAACCAUGCCUACAAAUAUAUUUCAGAAAUUAACCUCUCGGAACCGCAACUCAUUAAGUACUUGAAGGAUAUAGCAAAUGAGGAGAGGAUAGCUAGAUAUGCCCAUGGACUUAGUCCAGAUGAUAUCGUCAUAGACUGGAAUUAUUUGAACUACGGAAUGGGUGCAAACGACCCACUAGAUUCGGUUUAUUUCUACAGCUCGGAUAAUGAGGAUGAGGCUUUCAUAGCGCACAAGGAGUAUAGGGGCACACACCCGAGGUACUUCGAAGAGUGCAACGUGAGGUUAUACUGUAAAAACAAAAUGGUGGCUCAUUUGGCGAAGGACGCGCAUAACAAGUUCAUGUCGGAUGUCUUCUCAGAAUCCUCCCCCCUUUACAGGAAGAAAAUAGUCAAAUGA